CAAAUGUUCAGAUGGAGACAAGCUUCAGUCCUCGGGCGAUGAACUGCAGUUUCCUUCACCAGGUUGUUUAAAGCGUCAAGGGUGGAAAACUGCAAGCCUCCAGGUUGCCAGCCCAUCUUUCCUCUGGAGGAAAAAGGGCAGUCGGCGUGUACUGCGGUGGAGGAAAGAACGUGCUGGUAGUGGUGGUGGUGACAGUGACAGUGACAGCAGCGCUAUCUCAAGAAUCUGAGAAAUCUCAUCUUGUGGAUCUACGUCACAAAGAGGCAUCAUCAAGAGUCUUUCUGGAUUUUGUUUGGAUAUCUGCGCCGGGGCUCGGAGAGUUGAAAGCCUGCAGCCAUGUCGCCUUUCCUGAGGAUCGGUUUCUCCCAAUUUGAGAUUGAUCCCGGUUUGGCCUACCAUGAAGAGGUGCUGAACCCGUACUGUGCCGUCCACAUGAAGGAGGCCAUCGACACAGAGAAAGGCCAAGUCUACAAGCAGAAGAAGCCCACCAUGUACCCGCCGUGGAGCACCACGUUCGACGCCCAUGUCCACCGUGGUCGUAUCAUGCACGUGAUGGUGAAGGACCGGACGGCAGAGCUGAAGUCUGAAGCCACGGUGGCUCUGGACACGCUAGCAACGCGCUGCAAGAAGGAGAACGGCAAGCUGGAGAUCUGGCUGGACCUGAAGCCACAGGGACGCCUGCUGAUGGAGGCCAGAUAUUAUCUGGAGAAAAGUGACGCCACCGGACAGACUGAGGGAGACCAAGAACCUGAACAGGAGAGGGAGGGUCUGUUCGCUCUCCAUCAGCGACGCGGUGCCAUCAAACAGGCCAAAGUUCAUGUUGUCAAGUGUCAUGAGUUCAGCGCCACAUUCUUCCCUCAACCGACCUUCUGCUCCGUCUGCAAAGAGUUUGUCUGGGGUCUUAACAAGCAGGGUUACCAGUGCAGACAGUGCAACGCUGCUAUCCACAAAAAAUGCAUAGACAAAGUUAUUGCCAAAUGCACUGGUUCAGCCAUCAAUAGCAAAGAAACAAUGAUCCACAAGGAACGUUUCAAGAUCGACAUGCCUCACAGGUUCAAAGUCUACAACUACAAAAGCCCCACCUUCUGUGAACACUGUGGGACUUUGCUAUGGGGGUUAGCCAAGCAGGGGCUCAAAUGUGAGGAAUGCAGCAUGAAUGUCCACCACAAAUGCCAGAAGAAAGUAGCCAACCUCUGUGGGGUCAACCAAAAAUUGAUGGCUGAAGCUUUGGCCAUCAUCGAGAGCAAACAGCAGGCCCGAAGCACCAGAGACAGUGAAAUCAUUGGUCGAGAAGGUCCAGUAGGCGUUGGCCAGCAAGGGGUGGUCCGAGCCCCGUCUGGGUUAAUAAUGGGUUUACCAGCAACAGCUACACCUGCACCUGCAAGUAAAGAUGUGCAAGGUAUUUCAUGGGACGGACCAACAGACGUUAGGUCGGUCACUGAAUCGUUUGCAGAGGAAGAGCCUCUGUACGCGGUUCCGAGGAAGGAACCCAAAUUUACCAUUGAUGACUUCACACUGCAUAAGAUGCUUGGGAAAGGCAGCUUUGGCAAGGUGUUUUUGGCCGAGUUGAAAAAGAGUGGGCAGUUUUUCGCAGUGAAGGCCCUGAAGAAGGACGUGGUUCUGAUGGACGACGAUGUCGAGUGUACCAUGGUGGAGAGGAGGGUCCUCUCCUUGGCUUGGGAAAACCCCUUCCUCACGCACCUUUAUUGCACCUUCCAGACCAAGGAGAAUCUGUUCUUUGUCAUGGAGUAUCUGAACGGAGGCGAUCUCAUGUUUCACAUCCAGACCUCCCACAAGUUUGACGUGCACAGAUCCACCUUUUAUGCAGCUGAGAUCAUCUGUGGGCUUCAGUUUCUGCACUCCAAAGGCAUCAUUUACAGGGAUCUGAAGCUGGAUAAUGUGCUGUUGGACUCCGAGGGCCAUAUAAAGAUAGCAGAUUUUGGCAUGUGUAAGGAGAACAUGCAGCUCGACUUGCGGACCUCCACUUUCUGUGGGACACCUGACUACAUCGCCCCUGAGAUCCUUCUAGGUCAGAAGUACAACAGCUCGGUGGACUGGUGGUCGUUCGGCGUGCUGCUGUACGAGAUGCUGAUCGGUCAGUCUCCGUUCCACGGCCGAGACGAAGAGGAGCUGUUUCAGUCCAUACGAACCGACAACCCCGUUUAUCCCCGCUGGCUGACCAAAGAUGCCAGAGACAUCCUGAUCAAGCUGUUUGUUAGAGAGCCUGAGGAACGACUAGGAGUGAAGGGAAACAUCAGGCAGCACAGUUUCUUCAGCAGCACCGACUGGGAGGCCUUGGAACAACGGGAGGUGGCGCCGCCCUUCAGGCCAACCUUAACGUCGCCCAGUGACUGCAGCAACUUCGACAAGGAGUUCAUUAACGAGAAGCCGCGGCUGUCGUGUGCCGACCGGACGCUCAUCAACAGCGUCGACCAGACGAUGUUCAGAAACUUCUCUUUCGUUAACCCGGGAAUGGCUCGCAUCACUGUGCGCUGACCAGCUGACCGACAACCUACUACCUACAAAAAGACAAGCCGCUCAGUCACAACCAGCACUUAAACUGAACAAACUAACUGCAGAGACUUUAAACCGUGAAUGUUGCAGCAAAACUCAACUGUAUCUGAUCAUUUUAAUAAUAACCACUAAGGGAGGUGUCCUGGGUGAAACGCACAUACUGUAUAAAGUAAACUGAGAUGGGAUAUUUGUUGCAUGGAUUUUCUGGAUCUCUCCAUUUUCAACUUAUAAAGUAAGUAAAACACACACACAAAAAAAUCAGCCAGAUAACAAAACAACAAGAAAAAAACCUAUAAUUAUAAUGCCUCAGAGAUUGCUAUGUAGUAAGAGGCAUAAACGUUUCUAAUUUCGUGUAAAACAUAAUUCAGAUAAUUCUCUCAGUUGAAAAGUAUGUAAUUUUACUAUAGAAAUGUCCCCCUUUUCAGUAUUCAACCCCCGUUAACUUGGCUUUGUGCUUUUCAGGAUGUAUUUGUGAUAGAAAAUGUGCUCGUAAUGAAUUUAAUGGUGCCUCAUAAUACUUUAUGAAGUUGAUUUCUUCAAGUAAAGCAAACACUGGAUUUACCUGAAGCCAAAUUAGAUGUUUUAUUUUCCGCCUCUCUUAUUCCACAGUAUAUUGAGUGUUUGGGUACAGAUGUUAACAAUGUAUUUCUUUUAAUGUAAAUAACUGUAAUCUGUUGAUAAUAUUGCACUGUUUGAAUAGAUCUAUUAAUGUGUAGCAAAAGGCCAAUUACAAGGUUUUUUUUUGUUUACGUGUGUUUUCUUACUGUACCUCAGGAGUUUUAUUGAACAUGUCAUUUAGAUCCGUGCAUAUUGUAAGUUUUAUUGUUCUCUCCAUUGUGAAUCAUGUACAAUAAAAUAAGUGUUUGGGUUUUUUUUA